AUGGCCAGGGAUCCGUGUGACUUGGUGACUCUCGCCGAGAUACUGGUAGGUACCCAGACUGAGGGUCCCCUUGGCGACAUCCCAAAAUUCGAGGUCAGCGACAGCUGGGAGGGGCUUUCCGUGGGUAUUGCCGACGUUCUCUGGGGCAUUCAUGAGACUGGGGUGAACAAAUGGGGGCACUCCCAUGUGCGAGCCUCUUGGAAGGACGCAGUGGACAGGAUGCGUGGUGCCGGAGCCCGCGUCGUGUAUCCUAUCGAGCUACCAGCCUACGAUACGGUCAUCCACGACAAGCAGACACUUCACACCAUCGCUUACCAUGAGUUCUCGUCUCAGGUGAAGAAGUUCGCCGGUAAUUUCGAUCCUGAGACCGGAGAUAUUAAAACUCUCGAGGAUGUCGUUGCUUGGAAUAAAGACCAUGCGGAUGAAGCCUUGCCUCCUCCCCAUACAACGCAGACAGAACUUGAGGCAGCCCUAGUCGCGGCAACGGCCAUGACGGAAGCCGAGCACCAGGCAGCGGUCUCUGAGGUUCGACGGCUUGCAGGCAUUGACGGACUGGGAAGGGCCAUGCGAGAAGCACAAGUGGACGUCAUUGUGUCCGCUUCGGACUCCAUCGCCGUCGGCUUCGCGGGGGCCGCAGGAUGGCCGAUCGCGACCGUUCCUUUGGGGAACCUCGAGACUAACGGACAGCCUUUCGGACUCUUCGUAACCGCACCCGAGGGGAGGGAGGACUUGUUAUUCAGGUUUAUGGGUGCAUUUUACGCAACAUUCCCGGCUAUCGAGAAGCCUGCACAACUCUGA